AUGCUAUCUCAACCUGAAAGUACACUCAGCUUUUUUGCUAGAAACCCCAAUUUGACUCGUACAUUAACUGUCUUGACUGCUCUUUAUGGACUCAAAUAGAGCAUAAAUUACAUUAAAAAUCGCUCUUAGAAAAAGAAACAUGCCAAAAUUGAAUAGAUAGCAGCUGAAUACCAAAAAAACAGAGACAACUAAAUAAAAUCUCUUGAAAUUCCUUCACUAGAAAAAUUGAAUAUCGGAGAAGAAUAAAUUGAAAAAAUUAUCAGCUCAUCUGCUUCUGACUUAGCAUAAAUGCUUAAAAAGGGUGAAGUUACUAGCGAAAAUCUUGUCAACGCUUUUGCUUUAAGAUGCUAAACUAUUGGUCAUGAAUACAAAGCUAUUACCGAGAUGAAUUAUGAGUAAGCUAUUUUGCUUGCUAGAGAAUGCGAUUAAGUUCUAUAGAAAUUACGCCAAAACAAUAAGAAUUAAAUUUCUUCCAUCCUUUCUUCCUCUUCUUCUCUUACUGCUAGUGAAGACGGUGAAGAAGGUCAGUAGAGUAACGCCUAGGACAAUUCUAACACUAAUGACUCACUAGAAGAGCUUUACUAUCAAAAACCUUUAUUUGGUGUCCCAGUCUCAAUAAAGGAUAUCAUUGAAAUGAAGGGAUUUGCUGUCACUGUUGGAUGUAUUUCUCGUAAAGACAAAAUAGUUCAAGAAGAUUCCUUAAUUAUUAAAUUAAUUAAAAAUUCUGGUGCCAUUCCUCUAGUCCGUUCUAAUAUUCCUUAAUUAAAUAUGUCUUCAGAUUGCUACAAUCGUCUCUAUGGCCGUACUUGCAAUGCUUGGGAUAAAUCUAGGUACUCUGGAGGUUCAUCUGGAGGUGAAGCUGUCUUAUUAGCUACCAGAUGUUCUCCUUUAGGAUUUGGCACAGAUAUUGGUGGUUCAAUUCGUAUCCCUGCUUCUCUUAACGGUGUAGUAGGAUUCAAGCCAACCAGUGGUAGAACUCCUUUCAAAGGACUUGGUUUUGUGUCAAAUUGCAUAUCUGGCUAAUUGAUUAUUCGUACUUCUCUUGGUCCUAUGUCUAGAUUUGUUGAUGAUGUUGCAAUCGGCAUGAAAGUACUCACUGAUGAGCAAUUCAUAUAAAGCUAAAAGGCAUCUUAAAAAGGAGCUUAUCAACCCAUAUUCAGUUUCGACAUGAAAAAAUACUAGGACAGAUCCAAGAAGUAUCGCAUUGGUUACAUCAAAAAUUUGCAAACCUUUGAUGCUUGUCCUUCAUUUUAGAGAGCUGUUGAAAUAUCUAUUUAAGCCCUGAGGGAAUAAGGACAUGAACUGAUCCCAAUCGAAUUUCCCUUUGAAAAAGAACUCACUGAGCUUUAUUUCAGCAUUUUAUCUUCAGACAAUAACAGAAGAUAUUAAGAUCAAUUAGUGGAGGAAGAAUACAUUUCUGAGUAUGAUUCAAUUAAAUUUAUCAUGAAAUUAAGCAACUUUACUAAAAAGUGUUUAAUUUGGUUACUACGUAAAGCAAAGCAAAACAGAACUGCUGAUUUAUUGGAGUACGCAAAGACAAAUAGGUCAGCUGAAGAUUUUAUGAUUGUUAGUGGAAAAAUUAAUUGUAAAAGAGAAGAAAUCAUCAAAUACUUUGAAAAUCUAAAAAUUGAUGCAAUAGUCACUCCAGGAUAACCUCUACCAGCUUUCGGACAUGGUUUAUCUUCUCAUUUCAUCACAAUUGGAUCAGUUUAUACUCAUAUUUGGAACACUCUUAACUUCACUGCAGGAGUCUUACCAGUAACAACAGUAUAAGAAAAUGAAUAAACCUAUAACACUUGCAAAUAAAAUGAUAAUAUCACUAAGAUGAUUUAAAAGCACAUUAAAAACACAGCAGGAUUACCUGUAAGUGCCUAAGUAGUAACUUUUCCCUACGAAGAAGAGUUAUGCUUAAAUAUCAUGAAAUAAAUUGAAGAAAAAGUAAACUUCUACUAAAAUAACAAAACUCCAAUUUGA